GCCCCUCACAGCAGCCGUCCUCGAUCUUCACCAUCAUGAGUCCAAAGAACGUCAUUUUUAAGAAGACCUGCAAAGACAAGUCGGUGGGAGUGUUCAUGGGGAAGAGGGACUUUGUGGACCGUGUGGACUCCGUGGAUCCAGUAGAUGGCGUUAUCCUCAUUGAUCCCGAGGCUCUGGCAGGCAGGAAAGUGUUCGUCACCCUGUCCUGCACCUUUCGCUACGGCAGAGACGACAUGGAUGUGAUGGGAAUCGCCUUCCGCAGGGAGCUGUACCUGUCCACCCGCCAGGUGUACCCGCCCCUGCAGGACCGCGACAAGGGAGUCCACACCAAGGUCCAGGCCAAGCUCCUGCGCAAGCUAGGAAGCAACGCCUACCCGUUCUUCUUCGAGUUUCCUGACAACCUGCCUUGCUCAGUGGCUCUCCAACCAGCACCCCAUGAUGUUGGAAAGCAAUGUGCCGUGGAGUUUGAGAUCAAGGCUUUCAGUGCUGAGAGCCAGGAUGCUAAAGUCCGCAAACGGAGCACAGUGAAGCUGAUGAUCCGGAAGGUCCAGUACGCUCCAGACAUGCAGGGAGCGCCGCCUUCAGUGGAAACCACCAAGGACUUUGUUAUGUCCGACAAACCGCUGCACGUCAAGGUCCAUCUGGACAAAGAGCUUUACUACCACGGUGAGACCAUCCAGGUUCACGUCAACAUCGCGAACCACUCCAACAAAAACAUCAAGAACAUCGUCCUGUCAGUCGACCAGGUGGCCACGGUGGUGUUGUACUCCAAUGACAGCUACGUCAAAUGCGUGGACAUCGAGGAUUCUGGGGACUCUGUGUCUGCUGGAGCGACGCUGCAGAAGGUCUACAAGAUGCUGCCGCUGCUGGCCAACAACAGGGAGAGGAGAGGCAUCGCUCUGGACGGCAAGCUGAAGCACGAGGACACCAACCUGGCCUCGUCCAGCGUCGUUAAGGAGGGAGCCCUGAAGGAAGUUAUGGGAAUCAUGGUUUCAUACAGAGUCAUGGUGAAGCUCAUCAUUGGAGGGAUGAUGGGAUCAAGUGAGGUCGGUCUGGAGGUCCCCUUCAAGCUGAUGCAUCCCAAACCAGACGCAGUGAAGGAGAGUGAGAUGGAGGACGAGAUGGUGUUCCAGGAGUUCAAGCGCUGCUACCUGAAGGGGAUCAUCGGCGACGACGAUGACGAGGAAGGCAACGUGUCGGGCGGCGACGACAUGGGGCCCAAAGAGAAGUAGAGGCCUUCGUUAAAGGGCCGCUCAGAGGCGCCGCAUCCCUGCAGUCAGGAGGACUUCAGUUCCCUAAGGAAGUUUUUUAUUUUUAAUAAAUGUGCAUGCACACGGGUUUAAUCGCCUCUGGCUUUGCUGGCUUUCGGUUUACAGGUGGAGAUUUUUGUAGAUUUUUGAAUCUGAUUUAAAAACCUGCAUUCAGACACGUAUCCAUGCAGAAACUCCACCCAGAACCUAAAAAUAGGCCUAUUUCCUGUUAUUAUUCACUGUGGUAGGCAUUGUGGAAGCAUAGGG